GUGGACGGCACAGGACCAGCAUUGGACAUGUUUGCUUUUUGGCUGCAGUUCCAGACAGCGUAGUGAUGAUGUGCCGGCAGGAAGACGCUGACAGCGCGUAGACGGAGCGUUUGGACGCGGAACAGUGUCGGCUUUUUUUGGGUUCAUUUUUGAAGCCAGGUUGUUUUUUUAUUUUGGGGUUUAUUCCAUCAAGGAGCUUCCGUUUGGCGAUGCACGAGACUCAGAGGACGGAGCGCGAGCUGUUGAGAGGGGAUUUUAGACGCGGCAGCUGCCGUGCGUAACAGACAGAAAUCUGGCCAUGCAGCUAUUUGAAUGACAAUAGUUGGAGGCAUUUACGCUCAUAUUUGUAUAUGGAAAGCUGAUUAUGCACGGGUGCGCGCGGCGAGUCUCUGUGUGCUGCUGAAAUUGAUGUUGAAAUGACAUUUGGGAUUUGAAAGCCUCCGCAAGUGAAACUGAAGUGAUCUUCAUUUGUAAAUAUUGACAGGUGGAGCAGUCAAAGGGACUGUGUCUGCUCGGGCUUUUCACGAGGCUGCGUCGGUAACCAAAACCUGUGGUAUGGAUCAUUCAAAACAUUGUUUGCUUUCAUUUUAAUCCUCGCGUUGUUGAAAACAACCGUUUAUGAUGCGUUUAAAAAACCGAAUGGGGAAGUAACCACCAGCCCAGUGUCCUCUUCCCUCUGAGUUGUAGCCGAUUUGGCAUCAGCCAAAAUGACCAGCAACGGACCUGUCAUCGUCUACGAGUGGCUGAAAACCCUCCAGCUCGCCCAGUAUGUCGAGUCUUUUGUGGACAAUGGAUACGACGAUCUGGAGGUUUGCAAACAAAUAGGGGACCCUGACCUGGAUGCCAUCGGCGUCUACAUCCCUCACCACAGGCAGAGGAUCCACGACGCGGUGAGAAGGCUGAAGGAGGAAGCCAAAGAGACGGCGAGUGCGCUCUACUUCACACUGGAGCCGAUGCCACCUGCGGCCGAAAUUUAUACCAGUCACAUGGUGGACCAGUAUGAGUCCAAACUGCGGGGAUCCAAGUCCUGGACUGAGCCCAACAGUGAUCGGGUUGGGCGCAUCGGUGGGUACCUGGGCGCGCAGAGGAACCUGACGCUGGGCAACAGGAGAGAGCUUGUGAUUUAUCCCAAGCUGAAGCUGAAGAUCAUGAUCAGGGAUAAACUCAUCAGAGAUGGCAUCAACCUCGCCAAGCCACCGUAUUCUAAUAAGGAUGGUUCUCUGGGCAACAUAGAUGACCUUGCCCAGGAGUACUCCGAGUACUACAACACCUGCUUCAGUGACGUCAGUGAUCGCAUGGAGGAGCUACGCAAACGACGGGUCUCCCAAGAGGUUGACAUGGAGAAACAGGACCCAAGCGGCUCCUCUCUGCAGCUUCGUAAUGAAAUCCAGGAAUCAUUAGGCUUCAGCAGUGAGGUGUCGACUCCAGAAACAGACAGAAAAAUGCCACUGCACAAGUCCAGCUCUGAAGAUGGAUCUGGAGGCAAAUGGGACCAGAAGAAGAAAAACAAAUCUUUUUGGCAGAACUUCCGCAAGUCUCCGCAUAAACCCGUGAUGCGACAGACCUCUAAAGGAGAGGACAUCGGCUACGUGGCCAGCGAAAUCACGAUGAGUGACGAAGAACGGAUCCAGCUGAUGAUGAUGGUGAAAGAGAAGAUGAUCACUGUAGAAGAAGCGCUGGCUCGGCUGAAGGAGUAUGAGCGCAGCAAACAGUCCAGCAGUACUGACACUGCAGAGUGGACUGAUGGAAGUGCACCCAAUCUAAACCAGUCCUCGAACUGCAACUCUUGUGAACAGUCAGAUGAUGAGCAAUCUGAGGACUCUGUGAAGUUCAAACGGCUCCAUAAACUGGUCAACUCGACGCGCCGGGUCAGGAAAAAACUCAUCAAGGUGGAAGAAGGCAAGAAGCAUGGCUCUGAAGAUUUUCUGAAUCUGGAAGGACCUCCCACCUGUGAGGACAACACAGCUCUGUACACUGGGGUCCUAAAGAAACCCCCUUUGCCCCAGGAGGUUUCUCUGCCCUCCCUCGCCCAGGAUCAGCUCUCUCUCAACGGAGACACAGACAGUCUGACGACCUCCCCUUCCUCCAGCAGCUUAGACACCUGGUCUGGUCACAAGCUGGUCAAGAGCUUCAGUAAAUCUUCCAGCACCCACGGUCUCAUACGGCCCCCUAGGAGAACCCCGGUCGGCUCUGGGGUCCUGGGAGGUUCCGUCUCUGGUAUCGGCGGUAGUGGCUCUUCCUUCUCAGAGUUGGAUGGCUGUGGAUUGGAUGACGAGGGGAAACAGUCGCGCUCCACAACUGACGCCGAAAUGCGGAAGGCCUUGAGCUCCAUCUCCCACGGGGUAAGUAACAAUGAGGCCCUCUACGCCUAUUACGGCCUGACUAAACCUCGUCCCAAACCCCAUUCCCAAUCUCGCCUCCUGAUCUCUCUGGAUGACGGUCCACAAAGCAGCCCCAAACACCAACCUGCCAACCGGCACCAUGGCAGCUGGACACACCGGAAACCCGACCCCAACUACGCUUACUCCACCAAGCACCUACUUUACCAGCGCUCACGCAACACAAAGGCCCCCGUCUCCCCACUGUCUGUCACCCCCUCCUCCCCCGCACGCUGUGAUGUAGCCAAAUCAAAGGGUUUCGGAAGUGGCGGAGGAGGCUGGGUGUUCCCCUCCCGCAGGCUGCGUGGUCGAACAGCAGUCAGUGAGCUGAACAUCACCUAUGUGGUGGAGCGGAGCCUGUACGGUCACCUGAACUGGGCCCAGCUGGUCCGGCCAGUCACCCUCAGCCGCGCUGAGCGCUGUUGUCUUUUGGAGGAGGACCGUGAGGCGGACAGGAAGUGGGCGGCCAGCGUAGACCGCUGCACCAAACGUGUGCUCUUGCGCAUCCAGCAGAAGUCUAGAACGUGCAGCUUCGGAGGCUUCGACCUGUCCAACCGUUCACUCCAUGUGGUCAACGCAGGCUCCGAGGGCAAUAAUAAAGAGCAGGAGGCCAUUUACAGAGAAGUGGUCAAAUCCCCCACUACGUCUCGGAUCUCACUGGGCAAGAAGGUCAAGUCGGUGAAGGAAACGAUGAGGAAACGCAUGUCGAAGAAGUACAGCAGCUCCCUGUCUGAGCAGUCCAGUCCAGAUGGAGCCCCCAGUUCCCCUCAGUCCCCUCAGCCCGACACCGACUCUCUGGAGAAGCCGAAGCUUAAGGCCGGAGGCUCAGUGGAAAGUCUGCGCAGUUCACUCAGCGGACAGAGUUCAAUGAGUGGUCAGACCGUAAGCACCACCGACUCAUCGGCCAGCAACAGAGAAAGUGUGAAGUCGGAGGACGGCGACGACGAGGAGCCGGCGUACAGGGGACCGUUCUGUGGUCGCGCCAGAGUCCACACUGAUUUUACACCCAGCCCGUACGACACAGACUCCCUCAAACUGAAGCGUGGCGAUGUGAUCGACAUCAUCAGUAAACCGCCUAUGGGAACGUGGAUGGGCCUGCUCAACAACAAAGUGGGCACCUUCAAGUUCAUCUAUGUGGAUGUGCUGAGUGAAGAGGAGGAGAAACCUAAACGGCCCGUGAGGAGGAGGAGGAAGGGCCGACAACCCAAGCCCACCUCAGUGGAGGAGCUGCUGGAUCGCAUCAACCUCAAGGAGCACAUGCCCACUUUCCUGUUCAACGGCUACGAGGACCUGGACACGUUCAAGCUUCACUCGAGGAUGGUGCCAUAA